GAAAACCCUAUGGUGGCCGUCACUUGACUCACUCCCGAGAGUAGGAGAAACUAUUUUUUAGAGAGAGAGAGACAGAGAGUGUGUGUGUGUUAGUAGGUGUGAGAGAGUGUUUCUUACUCAUUUUGCCUGGCACUGUCACUGGCACUGGCACUGGCCGGUGCUCGUGGAGAGAAUGAAUGAAUGGAGAAUGCAAUCAAUACGUUCAUCCAUGGAAACCUCAGAAAUCGCCCGAAAUUAAAGCCCUAAUUUCGCCAUUAACGGCACUUCCUUAUAGCUCCACGCCUCUCCCUCCCACUCUCUCUCUCUCUCUCUCUCUCUCUCUGUCACAUUCAACACUCCUCGGUUCCUAGUUCCUUCUCGUUUCUGGAGCUUCUCUCUCUACUCGUUUUCUCGCUUCUGACUCUAUCUGCGACAGGUCUUGCGGUUGAGUUAUAUCACUCACGUGUUGAAUCUGAAGAGACUAAUCCUCGGAGUUCGAGUUUUGUUCUGUGGAUGCGGGAGUUGGAUAAACUUAGGCGUUUGACCAGUUUGGUUCCUUAAUUGCUCUAUCGCGGCGAUACGGCUUGAUUCUUCUCGCUUGUUUGGGUAUUUGCUUAGCUUCAAUUCGAGGCGUGUUUUGGUGACUAUGUGCCAAGAUCUUUGAGCCUUGAUCGAGGGCCGUGAUCGAAGUCUGAGUACAAAACUGUGAAUCUGGCUUCCAGAAGGAGACUCUGAUCCACCCGCUGUAAGUCUUCCGGCGAAAUCCGGUGGUCACAGGCGGAGAGUCGAAGAUGUUGACGUGUAUUCCGUGUUCGAAGCAGGUGAACAAUGGAUCUCUUCACCGACGAGAAGAGGAGGAAACCACCUCCGGUACGCCGAGCACAAAGCAAGCCAUCAAAGCUCUCACUGCUCAGAUCAAGGACAUGGCAUUGAAGGCUUCGGGAGCGUACAAGCACUGCAAACCGUGCUCCGGUUCGUCGAGUCAGAGUCAGAAAACGAAUUAUGCGGAAUCCGAACCGUCGGAGAAGCUCCAUGGUUCGUACCGGCGAACAGCGAGCUCGUACACGGCGGCGAGGGGGCUGAGCAAGGAGGUAGAGGCGAGAUUGAAGGGGCUUUCGAGCGAGGAAGGCACACCGGCGUCGGUGAGCGGGCGAACUGAGUCCGUAGUGUUGACGGAGGAAGAUGAGCCCAAAGAAUGGGUUGCGCAGGUGGAGCCUGGUGUUCUCAUCACCUUUGUAUCCUUGCUGCAGGGAGGUAACGAUCUCAAGCGGAUUCGAUUCAGUCGCGAUUUCUUUAACAAAUUGCAAGCUCAACGGUGGUGGGCAGAGAACUGUGACAAGGUCAUGGAAUUAUACAAUGUUCAGAGGUUCAAUCGCCAAGCAGUCCCAUUACAGACUCCAUCAAGAUUGGAGGAUGAGACCACAAAGCUUGAAUCUGUUGAGGAUAGCCCUGUGACACCAUCAGUGAGCAAAGAGCGCGUGCCCUGCAACUUGCAUUAUCCAACAGGGGUUGGACACUCUUCAUCAGAUUCACUUGACCACCGCUCAAUGCAGAAGCAUCAGCACCAUGAUUUGGCUGGUGUUGCUGCUUCAAACCCAAAACUCUCCAACAUUAGUGCUGCAAGAACUGAGACAUCAUCAGUAGAUGCUUCUGCAAGGACUUCUUCUUCGCAAGAGGAAGAUUGCUCAGGGGAGCUCUCCAUUAGCAAUGCCAGUGAUAUGGAAGAAACUGAAUGGGUCGAACAGGAUGAGCCAGGAGUCUACAUUACUAUCAGGGCAAUGCCAGGUGGCAUUCGGGAACUCAGACGUGUCCGAUUCAGCCGAGAUAGGUUUGGAGAAAUGCAUGCGAGGCUGUGGUGGGAAGAGAACAGGGCAAGGAUACAUGAACAAUACUUGUGAUUUAGUCUAUAUACGAUUUGUAUUUGUAGGUGCCAGCUUUUACCAGCAUGCAUAUAUGUAUGUAUGCUAACUUUGCUUCAUUGCCCAUAUUUCAUUUGUGAGCUCUUCUUCUUCUUCUUCUUCUUCGUCUUCUUCUUUUUUUGUUGGGGGAGUUCCAGUGAUGGUGCAAAUUGUUGGGUAUUUUGGUGAGGGGAUGAUGCCAAAUUUAAGCUCUCUGCAGUUAAUAAAAAUCUUUUACAGCAUUAUAUGCUUUUCCGCA